AUCAAGGCUAAAAUUAAUUAAAAACAAAGUUUUGCGUCUCUAGUGUGUCUUGAGAACAAAGAAAACUCCGAGAGCUGCAAAACACAAAACUUUGAGCUCAACUGAAGCUGUAGUAGAGAAGAAUAAAGGCAAAUAUGAGUAGCAUAGGAACCGGAUAUGAUCUAUCGGUGACGACAUUCUCGCCGGACGGCAGAGUAUUUCAGAUCGAAUACGCCGGAAAAGCAGUCGAUAACAGUGGUACUGUUGUUGGAAUCAAAUGCAAGGAUGGAAUCGUCUUGGGAGUGGAGAAGCUAAUAGCCUCCAAAAUGAUGUUGCCGGGAUCAAAUCGUCGAAUUCAUUCUGUUCAUCGCCAUUCUGGCAUGGCUGUUGCAGGUUUGGCUGCAGAUGGGAGGCAGAUUGUUUCCCGAGCCAAGUCUGAAGCAACCAGCUUUGAAAGUGUAUAUGGUGAGCCAAUUCCAGUGAAAGAACUUGCAGAGCGUGUUGCUAGUUAUGUGCAUUUAUGCACACUGUAUUGGUGGCUCAGGCCUUUUGGAUGUGGGGUGAUUCUUGGAGGGUAUGAUAGAGAUGGACCUCAACUAUACGUGGUUGAGCCUUCUGGUGUCUCCUAUAGGUACUUCGGUGCUGCUAUUGGAAAGGGAAGGCAAGCUGCUAAAACAGAAAUUGAGAAGUUAAAGUUAUCUGAAAUGACCUGUCGACAAGGGAUUAUUGAGGUAGCUAAAAUAAUUUACGGAGUACAUGAUGAGGCAAAGGACAAGGCAUUUGAACUUGAAAUGAGCUGGGUAUGUGAUGAGUCUAACCGCCAACAUCAGAAGGUUCCUGAUAAUCUUUUAGAGGAAGCAAAGGCUGCAGCUAAAGCUGCACUUGAGGAGAUGGAUGCCGAUUAAGGGUUCAGAUAAGAUUUGGUUAUUUCGUUCUUAUUGAAUGAUCUAUCUCUACCAUGUUAACGGGAUUUUUCCACCACUGUGAUGAUGAAAGCGAUUUAUAGUAUCUUGUAAUUCUGAACUGUAAGCUUUACAACUCCCAAGUUUGAAAAUCCAGAGUAAUAGUUUGCAUUUUAAAACGAUGAAUCUGAUUUUUGUUGUUAAUUUUCUUGUAGUAAUCUUUGGUCUAUAAAGAAUGUUAAACGGUAUCCCCUU